CUGAGCACACCGUGCGACGACUGUCAGAGGGGUGAAAAUAAGAUGAUAUUGAAGUUACGCCAUUCCAACUGCCGUCUGUGUAGACGUAACGCGUUUCUGACGGUGUGCAUCUUAUUUUCAGAGGGACUCAUUGCUGUAGGAAUAGUUUUACUUCUCACAUCUGUAGUUCUGACGACCCUCUACUAUGUCUUUCGAUGGGAUUACACGUUAAUGGCAACUGGAACAACACUCGUUGUCUCUGGUGUUGUAUUGCGAUUAGCAAUCAUCACUCGCAUCAACAAGUUGGGUUUUCAAGUCCAUGGCUUUCGAGGUUAUCCAGAAGGUUCAGGGGACUUCCAUGCCAUCUACCAUCCUGCAGCAUCCUCUAGCUGUAAUACUAUGUCCGAAACUUCCGUUGAGUCUUCAUGUUCUUCCUCAUCAGAUCUCCCAACAAUUCCAGAGUGUCAUUAUCUCUCAGCUGGAAGCCCAAGGGUUUUACUCCCACUAACAUAUAGUAACCCAACUACGACUGUACUGAGUACUCGAGAUCCAUCUCUGUGCAGUACUGGGCAUGACAAAGGCACAAAAAUUAACUUGAGAAUGGAUGCUCCACCACCAACAUACGCAGAAGUUGUUCAAUGUUUCAAGAAAAAUGUAAAUGAAACAAAUAUAGACACUGACUGUUACUCAGUGCAGUCUACAAUGGGGUCCACUGAUUCAAAAUCUCAAAUAGAAUUGCCUAUCGUGGAAGAAUCUAAUGAUAAAAUUCUAAAGACCAGUUACGAAUAUGACAAUAUCAGUUUAGACUGACAUAAUAUAAGUUAUAAUGGAGAUACAUAACUGUUGAAUUACCUUUAGCCAAAAACCAUAACAUGGACAAUUUAACGAAUAAAAAGAUUUACAAAUAAAUUAAACAGGUAAUUAAUUGAAACCCAACAAUGAGUCAUUGAACCCAAAUUUUUAUUUUGCUUUUUAAUCACCGAGUGAAGGCUAAAUAAGAAUCGACUUGAGGUCAUUACACUCAAACAUACGUAAACAUAAUUCAACAAGCUUGGUUUAAUCAGUGCUAUCUUGCUUUCUUCAUAGAAUUAAUGCAUUUUUAACACAUAUAAUAUAAGUAUUUUUAUUUUUUUCUUAUCUUACACAUAAUCACACAACCCUGUGGUAAAUUUAAACGUGAAUAAGUUAUAUACUGUGCUUCUGGAACAAACAUAUGAAAUACCUAUUGAGACAAACACUGCAACAACAACACAAAAUGAAAAAAAGGAAAAUAACCACACAUUCCUUAAACUUCACCCAUUUUACACAUUUA